GUCCUCUCCCCCAGCGUCUCUCCGCAUCCCCCCUCGUUCCUCCCCGCUCUGGCGGCUGCUGCUGCUGCGUCACUGGGCUCAGCUCUAGGAUGGAGCCGCAGAGGGGCCUGCUCUUUAGCCCCUGAGGGCCCGGGCAGCCUCCUCAGCCCUGAGACGCCCCCCCUCCCCAGACUGGGGAGGGGAGAGAGCCGGCCCCCACCCUCACAGGAGACUCGGAGACCUGAUUGGUCACAAUGUGAUGGCGAGCGAGCUACCUGCUCAGACUUCCCGGGUGACACGCACAAGCUCCCGCCUGACCUCCGGCCCCUGGAAACGUCCGGCUGCCCCGGCCCCUGCUGUGGCUCCCAGCCGGCCCCGCUUCUGGGAGGGGCAAGAUGUGCUGGCCCGCUGGACCGAUGGCCUGCUCUAUCUGGGUACCAUCAAGAAGGUGGAUGCUUCACGGCAGGUUUGCCUGGUGCAAUUUGAGGACAAUUCCCAGUUCCUGGUGCUCUGGAAGGACAUUAAUCCUGCCGCUGUGCCCGGUGAGGAGCAGAUCUGCUGCGUGUGUUACUCGGAGUCCGUGAGCCCAGAGAACCAGUUGGUUCGGUGUGAGAAAUGUGGGCACAGUAAGUGGUGCUCCUCUCCUCUGCCAUCCCCUGGCCAUCUUGGGACCCCCUUUCUCCUCUCUCACCAGCUCUCUCCCCUUGCAGCCUACCACCAGGAGUGCCAUCUGCCCAGAGUGCUGGAUGCGAGCAGCGAUGGGGCUGGGGUUCUUGGUGCAUGGAUGUGCCGGCAGUGUGUCUUUGCGGUGGCCACCAAGAGAGGUGGUGCGCUCAAGAAAGGCCCCUAUGCAAAGGCCAUGUUGAGCAUGAAGCUGGUGCUGCCCUAUCAGCUCAAGACUCUGGAGUGGGAUCCUGCACACCUGACCAAUCGGCAGCAGUGUUACUGCUACUGUGGAGGCCCUGGAGAGUGGAACCUGAAGAUGUUGCAGUGCUGCAGCUGCGCCCAGUGGUUCCAUGAGGCAUGUACCCAGUGUCUCAGCAAGCCACUGCUUUAUGGAGACAGAUUUUAUGUCUUCGAGUGCUGUGUCUGCACUGGGGGUCCUGAGAGCGUACGGAGACUUCCCCUGAGAUGGGUGGACGUGGCCCAUCUCAUUCUCUAUCACCUUAGCAUCUGCUGCAAAAAGAAAUACUUUGACUUUGAGCGGGAGAUUCUGCCGUUUGCCAGCGAGAACUGGGACAACCUGCUGCUAGGAGAGCUCUCGGAUACACCCAAGAGGGACCGGUACAGCCAAUUGCUGAGUGCCCUGAGCAGCCACAAAGACAGGUUUAUUUCAGGGAAGGAGAUCAAGAAGCGGAAGGGUCUCUUUGGGCUCCACAUACGAGUGCCACCUCCUGCACCUCAGUGCCCUGGGGGCCAUGGUGGCUCCACGGCUCAGCAGCCCCAGGGGCAGCCCCCACUUACUGACAGCAGCUUCCUUUCAGGGCAGGGCAGCAGUGGGGCAGGGCACCGGAGGCCACGGAGGCGCAAGGUCCCCCCGGAACCCACAGACACCAUGGAGCUGAGGAGCAGCAGGGAGAAGUGGCAGCUGGACAGAGCCCUCACCCAGGAGGUGGUGGAGACCCCAGUCAGUGCUAGCCAGACAUACUGUGGCUACAGCGGCACCUCCAGCACCUACAACUUCCGCCGCACUGACGCCCGCUGCCUGGAGAGUGCUCCCAUCAGGAUGUUUGCCUCCUUCCACCCAUCCGCCAACACUGCCCGGACCCUGAGGAGCACCACUGCCAGCCCGGACCCCCGCGAAGCACCUGCCCCAGAGAGCGAGAGCCCUGAGCAUCCCCCUGCCCACACUCCGCUGCCCCAUGCAAACUACCCAGCCCCCAGCACCAAGCACCAGCCAGAGCCCCUCGCCUCCCCCUCCUCCAACACUCUGUGCCCAGGCCCUGCCCCCACCAGCAGCAGCUACUUUGGAGCCAUGGGGCGCCUGGCCCGUGGGGAGGCUGUCCGCAUCCUGGCCCGCAGGGUCACCCUCGAUGGCACUGUCCAGUACCUGGUGGAAUGGGGUGGAGGAGGCAUGUUCUGAGAGGGAGGGGAAGUGCCAGAGAGAUACCCCCUCUACUGGGGCUGCAGAGAGUUGUCCUUCCUUUCCCCUCCGCCCCCCCACACACACUCUGAGCAGAGUGCAACUCCCAGGAGCCCCCAGGACAGAGUGCAGGGUCAGGCCUCUCCCCUGGGAAGGGGAUGGAUUUGUCCCUCUUUGACAGCAGUGUGGGGUUGCACUGUAAUGAGGGGCUCUCACCCUCAGCUUGGAUAUAAGGCAUGAACUGCCUAGUCCUGCUCAAAGAAGGGCCCUAGGGUGGAUGGGGGGGGCAUUCCUCCCCCCACCAGGCAAAUGCUUCAUUGUAUUCAAAGGGUUUAUUUUCUUGUUGCUUUUUUAUUAUUCUGUAAAAAUUCUAUUUAAUGAAGUGUGAUGUGGGGAGGGCAGAGCUUGGGGCACCCUGCCACAAUUGGGCUGGCCAAGGCAGAAUGCGGGCACAGGAAUGGGAGGUGGCAGCUCCCCAAGGCCUGGGAAGAGAGGGGUGCCCCCCAGCACAGUCGUCCAUCCUGCUUGUAACCUGCUGUACAGAUGGCGUAUGUUCCCCUCCCCACAGGCCAGCUGUGCCCUCUCCCCCAUCCCUGUGUGCUGAUGCUGUUGUCACCACCGCCAUUCUGACUGUACAAACUGACACCUGCAAUAAAAAGCUUGCUGCA